UUCAUUUGUACGGUGAUGGACUCCUUUUCAAUAGCCACCACAACCAAAUUUAAAGAGAAUUGCACUAGAAUACAAAAUCUUCAUCUUCUCUCUUCCUUCUGCAACUCAGCUCGUUCUGCUGACUCACUCAUGAAAACUCUAGCUACCUCCCCUUCUUUCUCCAAGAUCGCACUCCAAAGGAAUGGAAAUUCCCGAGAUUUUAAUCUUACUAGACAUGGAAUUGGUUUCUUCUCUUCCAAAAAACUUCUUCAUGUUGGGUUUUUGAUUUCUGUUAAACGCAAGACUUUUCAGCCCAUCUCUGCAUCUACUCCGUCUUCUCUGUCUAAGCCCGGUUUGGAGGAUGCAGAAACCAAAACCCAAGAAAAAUAUCAAUCAAAGACGGUUCAUGUUAAAUUCCAACUAAAAAAAGAGUGUUCCUUUGGUGAGCAAUUCGUUCUAGUAGGGGAUGAUCCACUGUUCGGAAUGUGGGAUCCUGCAAAUGCAAUACCAUUGAAGUGGUCAGACGGCCAUGUUUGGACUGUGGAGCUGGAUAUACCCAUUGGAAAAUCAAUCCAGUUCAAGUUCAUACUAAAAGAAGUCACUGGAAGGAUUUUGUGGCAACCAGGACCUGACCGAAUUUUCAAAGCUUGGGAAACUGAGAAUACAAUCGUUGUUUCAGAAGAUUGGGAAGAUGAUAACUUUCAGGAAUUGCUAGAGGAAGAAACGAUUUAUAAUAACAAAGUGGAGCCUGUUGUUAACUCAGAAAUGCUGGAUUUAGCUGAGAACUUGACCCACCAAAUUGAGGAAUUGGCUUCUGAGGUUAAUUUUUACCCACCAAAGGAACCAUUAACACAGGCUCCUGAGGAACCAACCAUUGCUGAUAGCAUUCCGUCUCCAGAACUGGAGCCCGUGGUUAUUGUUGCAGAUAACAUCAGCUACAUAACGGAGGAUCCUGUUGUGCGAGCAAGUCACCAAGUGCUAGAUGACUUUGAGAGCAAUCAUGAGAAGGAUGGUAAUGAGGCUAUCUCAAACAAGGAAGCAAUGGCUGCAGAGGAGGUUGUCGGAAAUAAUGGAAGUUUUCCGACAGAAAUGAUUACAGUAAACAUGAAUAUGGAAGGAAAUUUGGUUACUCAUGAAGGAGAUCCUGUUCUGGUACCUGGGUUGCCUCUAUUAUCAAGCGAAUCAGUAAUUCAGGAUGAAGUGGAGACAAGCAGUGGCCUUGAUGCCUCAGUUGGAGUUACUGAAGUUGAAACAAGCAGCGGCUUUGAUGCCUCAGUUGGAGCUAUGGAUGAAGUUAAGAAUCAUAAUUUGCCAGAGUUAGAAAAGAAGACUGAAACUGAUGAUGAUCAACAUCAAGCAGAACCAGUUGAGCUGUUGAGAGAUCAGGCGCAGCUUCACAGUGAACUAGAGCAAAAUUCACUAGCUGAUGAUGGAAACAAGCAAGAAUCAGAGCCCACCAACAAUGGGGUUAUGAAAAGUAAAAUUCACUGGGGUCAAAAAACAAUACAGAAGCUGCUAAUUAAUUUAGGGUUUCUGAAGCAUCAAACUCUACAAUAGUUUAUGAAGCAAUUAUGACUGCUAUUGCUGCUUAGUUGCCUGGAAAUUUUGAAGUGGCUUGGGGAACAGGAGUGAUAUUGAAUAGCUAUCACAUUGUACAGAAGUUUGCAAUCUUAUGUGCAAGAUUAUUUUGUAUUGCCUGAUGUUGUAAAUUGUUUAUGCAUACAGUGACAGACAGCAUUUAGUUGAGAUGUAGAACAAUUUUUUAUUUAUUUUAGUUAUUAUAAAUGCUUAUUUUGUUUUUCUAA